UUGUACUAGUGUAGGUUGUGUUUUAUAUGGCGUAAUUUUUACGCUGACUUAAAAUUAUAUAAAAACGUGUUUAUUUGUGUGAAUAAUAUUUACUUGUAGACUUAUAAACAUAAACAACAGUGAUUAAAUGAUUUUAUGCAUAGUAAUGUAGAGUAUUCUCUACUGUAUUUCUGAAAUAAUUCGUGGUAUUUCCGAUAUUAUAGCUGUCGCCAAGUAACUAUAAAAAACAAGAUGGUCCAAUCUGUCUUCGGGGUAUGGGACUACGUCAUAAUGGGAGCUACCAUGGUAGCUUCCAUAGUCAUCGGUGUAUACUUCAGAUUCAGCGGAGGCAAACAGAAAACAAACGAGGAAUAUCUCCUCGCCGACCGCAACAUGGCGGUGUUCCCUGUAGCAGUAUCUUUGAUGGCGUCGUUUAUGUCUGCCAUAACUCUACUUGGAGUCUCGGCUGAAAACUACUACUAUGGAAUGCAAUUUAUGGCGAUCAACAUAUCAUACGGCAUAGCGACACCCAUCGCAUCCAGAUUAUACCUACCAGUGUUCUUCGGACUGCAGAAAACGAGUACUUACGAAUAUUUGGAGCUGAGAUUUGGACCGAAUUUGAGGAUGCUAGCGUCGUUGACAUACACGUUACAGAUGAUUCUCUACAAUGGUAUAGUGCUGUAUGCGCCAGCGAUUGUCUUGGAGGCUGUGACUGGCCUGGACAGGCUGAUUUCUAUUCUAGUCGUGGGACUGGCCUGCACGUUCUAUUCGAGCCUGGGUGGAAUGAAGGCUGUUCUGUUUACUGAUCUUCUGCAGUCGUUUCUAAUGUUUGGCGCGGUGUUCAGUGUUGUUGUGUUCGCAUCGGUCCAGUUGGGUGGAUUUGAUAAAAUAUUCAUGUAUGCUAAAGAAGGCGGAAGAUUAGAUUUCUCGAACUUCAGCUUUGAUCUAACAGAGAGAAAUACGUGGUGGUCACUGAAUAUCGGAGGCUUGAUAACAUAUUUAUCCUUAUACGCAGUUAAUCACACUCAAGUACAACGUCUUAUGACCGUGAGCACACUGGAGAGGUCUCAGGCGUGUUUGUGGUGGAGCUGGCCGGUGUUAUCGGUGCUCAGUGUUUGCACGUGUAUCAGCGGCUUAAGUAUCUUCGCCGUGUACAGAGACUGCGACCCGCUUGCCAGUCAUGCCAUAGCAGCUAGCGAUCAACUGAUGCCGUACUAUGUAGUGGAGGCGAUGGGCCGCGUGCCGGGGCUGGCGGGGCUCUUCGUGGCGGGGAUAUUCAGCGCCUCGCUCUCCACAAUAUCGGCCUCCUGCAAUGCCCUGGCUGCGGUCACCCUCUCGGACUAUGUUGGAAGGUGGUGUAAAGUAAAUGACUCCUACAUCCCAUGGCUGACGAAGCUAGCCGCUUGUGGUUACGGGCUGCUGUUCCUGGCCCUCGCCUUUCUUGCCGAGCAUAUGGGUGGGGUGCUGCAAGCUGCCAUGACCAUAUUCGGUGCUGUAGGAGGACCGAUGUUCGCUGUCUUCACCUUGGGAAUGUUCACAACCUUCGCCAAUGAAAGGGGCACAUCGCUCGCACUUAUCAGUGGUAUGGCUUUUACCCUGUGGAUGAAUUUCGGUGGUCCGCGUCCCCCGCCCGUCAGACUACCUGUCAGCGUGGACGGCUGUGCGUCCAACUUGACUCUACCUGUGGCCGACGCCUACAACCCCAGCGACUACUUCUACCUGUAUAGGAUAUCUUAUUUAUGGACGAGUCCGAUUGGCUUCCUAUGGGUGUUGUUAGUGGGAUCAGUAGUAUCCCUGGUGUGGAGACAACAGCAGCCGUGGGAGAAGGCAGGUCGGCAGGACCCCGACCCGGCGCUAUUCACCCCACCGCUCGCUAACAGGUUGAGAUGUAGAGCUGAACACAAGACAGCUGCUCAGAUGGAUACACGCAUAUUGCACUGAUACGCUUGCACCUUAGUUUUGGCUUUCCAGUGACACCAGUGUGAACUAUUGAACCAAGCUGACAAUCAAGAAUAACAUAUCCCGAUCCCUUUUAGGUUAUUUAUAAUAGUGGAAUUGUUGUUAGCUUCGGU